AUGCUCCGAUUGCAGAACAAGUCUGUAAUGAAACUGGCGGGGGUGCAGCCAGCACGCAUCGUCGGUAGGACGCGCAUGGCGACUGCGCCACUUACCUCACGUCGGCUUGCUAGCAUUGGCUACUCCAUGCCGCGCUUGAUCCAUACCUCGUCCGCCCGGUGGCAGCCGCCGCCGGGUGGCGGAGGGUUCCCAGGGAUGCGUAUGAACAUGCAGGGACAGCAGACUCAGCCAGGAGAAACGUUAGCACAAUAUUCACAAGACCUAACGAAACUAGCCAAAGAAGGAAAGCUGGACCCCGUUAUUGGUCGUGAUAGUGAAAUUCGACGUGCGAUCCAAGUCUUGUCGCGACGGACUAAAUGCAAUCCUGUACUCGUUGGACCGGCUGGUGUUGGAAAGACGGCUGUUAUGGAGGGGCUGGCGCAGCGGAUUGUUAACAAAGAGGUGCCAGAGUCAUUGCAAGACAAGCGCGUGUGUGCCUUAGACCUGGGCGCUCUUCUCGCCGGCGCUUCUUUCCGCGGCGCUUUUGAAGAGCGAUUCAAGGCUCUACUGAGCGACGUUGAGGCAGAACAGGGCAAAGUGAUUGUAUUUAUCGAUGAGUUACACAUGUUGUUGAACCUUGGAAAGGCAGAGGGGUCUGUGGAUGCAGCCAAUAUGAUUAAGCCGCUGCUGGCGCGCGGCGCACUUCAGUGUGCCGGUGCCACUACUUACGAUGAAUAUCGCAAGUAUAUCGAGAAGGACCCUGCCCUUGCGCGUCGGUUCCAAGCUGUGUCCGUGUUGGAACCUACGCCCGAAGCUACGAUUGCCAUUUUGCGUGGCUUGCGUUCUCGCUACGAAGUGCAUCAUGGUGUUGGCGUGAGUGACGGUGCUCUCGUCACUGCGGCGACGUAUGCAUCUCGGUACCUGACGGAGCGGAAACUUCCCGACUCGGCAAUUGACCUCCUGGAUGAAGCCAUGUCGGCCUUGCGUCUUCAGCAAGAGAGCAAGCCUGAGGCGAUUGAGACGCUAGACCGAGACAUUCUCACGCUUCAAAUUGAGCUCGAAUCGCUUCGCCAUGAAAACGAUCCUCUCUCGCUUGAGCGCAAGGAGAUUGUCGAGAAGGAACUGCAAGAGAAGCGCGCAGAGAGUGGAGCGCUCACUUCUUCCUGGAUGGAGGAGCGCAGCAAGCUAGACCAACUCAAGUCCGUCAAGGAGCAGCUGGAACAAGCUCGUAUUGAGCUAGAGCGCGCCACUCGUGAGGGAGACUUCCAACGAGUCGCUGAGAUCCAAUAUGGUCGGAUUCCGGAUUUAGAGAAGCAAAUUCCGACUGAAGAGGAACUCAACGAGAAGCACAAGGGCCGCAUGCUCCAUGACCGUGUCACGAGCGACGAUAUCGCCGCUGUGGUCGCAAAAAUGACAGGUGUACCUGUACGGAACCUGCUCCGUGGUGAACGCGAGCGCCUGAUGGGUAUUGAAGAUUCCCUGCGAAACCGUAUCGUUGGACAGGACGAGGCACUGAGCUCUAUUGGGGAGGCUGUACGUUUGAGCCGUGCCGGUCUGCAUUCUGCCAAGCGCCCACUCGCCUCGUUCAUGUUCUUGGGUGGUACCGGUGUUGGUAAGACCGAGGCCGCCAAGGGUCUCGCACAAUUCCUUUUCGACUCUGAGAAACUAAUCCAAAUUAACUGCUCUGAGCUAAGUGAGGCGCACUCUGUAAGCAAACUCGUGGGUGCCCCUCCAGGCUAUGUGGGCCAUGAAGAUGGCGGGCAGCUCACUGAGCAGGUGCGCCGACAGCCAUACUCUGUGGUACUCUUUGAUGAGAUUGAAAAAGCAAACCGAAGCAUCCACACGCUCUUACUUCAAAUUUUGGACGAAGGUCGCCUGCAGGAUUCUCAGGGCCGUCAAGUGGACUUCCGUCAGACGAUUAUUAUAUUGACGUCGAAUGUCGGUGCCGAAGUUCUCUAUGAGCCUGGAUCUACAGAUGCAAAGGGCCACGUUACGGAGGAAUCACGCGCUAAAGUGGUUAAGGACGUGCAGCGCGCCUUCCCACCUGAAUUGCUAAACCGCCUUGACGAGCAAAUCAUUUUCAACAAUCUGGCUCCCGAGACGCUCGAAAAUAUUGUAUCGAUUCGUCUUAAGGAGGUAGACCAGAGGCUACAUGACAAGCGAAUUGUGCUACGUGUGAGUGACGAAGCUCGACGCUGGCUGGCCAAGAAGGGCUAUGAGCCAGCGUAUGGCGCGCGUCCCCUAAAUCGGUUGAUUCAGAAGCGCCUGCUCAAUCCGCUCGCAUCAAACAUCAUCCAAGGCAAGGCCAAAGAAGGCGACACUGUCGAAGUGGAUGUUGAUGCAGCGAAGGAUGAUCUCUCAUUGCACGUUGUGGCGGGCCAUGAGCACAAGUAG